UUUACCCGCGACAAGUGUCCAUCCGCAGUGAUCCUGCGCGCUCGGUGGCUGUUGCUGCGUUCGGUUGUUCCUCGAAAUGAAAAGUGUGCGUUGAUCAAGCAGUGCUCGUGCGGUGUUGUUUCUUCGUUCUACGUCGUCGAAGUCUUCGGCAGAUCGGAUUACAAAUUUCGGGAUCGUCGGGGAUCUGCACGUGCUCCUAGUGUGCUCUCUCUCUCUCGAGGUUGUGUGUUUCUGUGCGACGAGCCGCGUUAACAAUCAAACGAGAGGAAGAAGACGCACGCCAGCGGGCCACCGACGUUUGGGGGUCGUGAUUUCACGUUCCCGUAGGGGGAACUGCUGGUGCACUUCGCUAGGCCUCGCGACCCAAGAGAGCCUCUUCGCGAGCGAAAGUGAGCAGCCACACAGGGGGGCUCGGCGAAGAAGCAUGGAAGCCAUCGCGAAGCACGACUUCACUGCGACGGCCGACGACGAACUGAGCUUUCGCAAGGGCCAAGUGUUGAAGGUGCUGAACAUGGAGGACGACAUGAACUGGUACCGGGCUGAGCUAGAUUCCAAGGAGGGCCUCAUUCCUAGCAACUACAUCGAGAUGAAGAAGCACGACUGGUAUUAUGGACGCAUUACACGAGCCGACGCGGAGAAGCUGCUGUCGAACAAGCACGAAGGAGCCUUCCUGAUUCGUGUCAGCGAGAGCUCACCGGGCGACUUCUCCCUCUCAGUUCGCUGUGGUGACGGCGUCCAGCACUUCAAGGUUCUACGAGACACGAUGGGCAAGUUCUUCCUUUGGGUGGUGAAGUUUGCCUCGCUCAACGAGCUGGUUGAGUACCACCGGUCGGCUUCAGUCAGCCGCUCUCAGGACAUCAAGCUUCGCGACAUGCACCCCGAGGAGGAGGCUAUCCCCGGAGUGCAACCUCAGCCACGGCAUCAGCGCGUAUUGACACCGCUCAAGGUUCCGACAGGAAAUGACCCUGGCCAAACAGCUAGGCUUGGAGCUGGUGGACGGGAAGACAAGAGCCAGUGUCUGGUGCAGGCCAUGUACGACUUCCAGCCCCAGGAAUCCGGGGAGCUGGAGUUCCGCCGCGGCGACAUCAUCAACGUGCACGAUCGCUCGGAUGCCAACUGGUGGGAGGGCGAGAUUGGCUCGCGCCGCGGCUACUUCCCGGCCACCUACGUGGUGCCCUACCACACAUAGUGCGCCCUCCCGACGAGGCCGACACGUCCACGCCCGGCAAAAGCCACCGCUGCUGUCACAGUCUUGUCCCCCCAGCACGGGCCCUCCUCCACCGUGGGGAGCAGGGGCAGGGUGUGUUGUCCACCAGCCCCACCGCGCUGGUGAUCUGAAAUUCUGUCUAGCCAGCUGGCCCAUGGGGCUCUUGGUAUUGUCAAAUCGUAGUGCAGCAAAAAUGGUGUGAAGGAAGAAACGUGCAUAUGCGUGUGCCGCACUCAGACCUAAAGUUAGUUGCAAAGGAUGACCAUGUGACUUUACAGGAUAAACUUUGUCCAACAAAACUUUCCUUAAGCUUCAGGUGUGAGUGUGGUGCUGGUUUUUGUGCGUUUCUUUCAUCUUGUUUCUGUCGUGCUACAACUUGGCAGCACGAAUUGCAUAUGCCAGCCAGGACCGCCAGUCAUUUCUUUUUUUUUUUCAGCAGUGCAAGGUGCUCUUUUCCAUGGGCCACUGUAGUUCUUCGAAAAUACAGGUGGCUGUGAUGCCAUUCGUCGGCUCCCAAGUUAAAGACGCUGGCAGGUCACCAUGAGUGUAGGUCUGUCACAAAGUCAUGAGAGAUGCUACGAGUGUCCGCGGACGAUUGCUGGGACCAGUAGUGUGUCCCCGUUUCGUUUCGUCAUGCUUUUUGUUUCUCAAUGGAGGACUGACGUCAGGCCAGUUGUCUCCCUCCCUUCCUAAAAAAAAAAAGACAAUUUGAUCACUGUGGCUGCUUGCAUUUUAUAUUGCUGCAGUGCUGUGGCCAGUGGUAUUUGUUGCUGCUUCUGAACUGACACGUUGCAGGCCAAGAUUGCCGUUAUCUGCAAGAGGAGCAACUUGAAAUAGCACCAGCAUGCACUGGGUGUUGCGGGCGUGACUUACCAGGUCACUAGCCUCUCGAUUGCAGACCCUUCCAAAUUUUUUCUGUCCAUGUUUACUUUUGUGCUGUGAAGCUCUGUGCAGUUUAGCCACCUUGUAGGCCAUUCUGCUAAAGGGACGCAAAGGGAGUCAUGCAUAUUCUGCUCUGCGACAAACACGCUGCCUCCUAGUUGCAUUCUGGGCUCCGGAUAGAGUCGCUGGGUUCCUAGCUUGCCACAGCUCUGCUCAGUGCUGUGACCAAAGCGAGGUGCACGCAUCACUGUCGACAAGAGGAGUCUAGUGCCACACAGGGGUGACAUAGCUGCAUCCGAUGCAACAAUCGGCGUAACAUAGCGUCUGUCAAACAUUUUCCUACCCCUUCCCCCUCCCCUACCUACCAUGAUGAAAGGCAGUAAAGCUUACCACUUCAGUCAGCACCAUGCUGGGUUGAAUAAUUAUGCCCUGCGCAGCCACAAAUACGUUAUCCUGCCUUCGGAGAUGAUGUGAUGCGUGUUGGUGCAAGUGCGACGUCUCGUGCCAAUGCUUGCCGCAGGUGCCUUCUCGUGCGGAGGCUGUGGCACAUUGAACUAUAGCCCGGAUAGUUGCGCUUUCCGUGUAGCUAGGCAUACACAGCUACGCGGCGUGAAGGAGGCCACCCAGAAACUCUUGCAUACACUUGACAGUGUGUGCAGUGUAAACAUCUGACCACAGUGGGGGACGGCCAUAGCUGAACCGUGAAGUGAGUUGCGAGACACCUGCAGUUGAGUCUGUCUUGGCAACCCCUGGACGGCACCAAAAUGCAAAUGGGAAGUUUGAUACCUCAGGUGUUUUCUUCGUGGGUGAAAAAAGAACAAAAAAAAAAAAACGAAAGGGCUCUAAAGGAGUCAACUCUGCCAGCUUUGGAAAGCGCAGUUUGGAGCCAGUGUAUUUGUGUUUCUUUUCCUUUAUUUUUUUUAUCCACGUGGUGGCAACUUCUGGCAGCACAUUCUUGUCUGCUUUGUGAGAUUGUCGUGUGGUGUCUGCAUUGUUACAUUCAAGAAAAACGCAGUGAACACUGCUACUUUUCUGUGCUCCACAUAGCUUCAUUUGCCAAGGCACUGUGAAAGUACGGUUGCAGUGGGACCUCGUUGAUACGAUACUGCGUAAUACGUUUUUUGGGAUGAUAAUUUUUUUUUCUUUCCCCGAUAAUACGACUUAGUUGGAUAAUACGUUGGAUGAUACAGUUUAUUUUCUGGUUCCCGUGAAGAUCGUAUCAACGAGAUUCCACUGUAGUUGUAUGGUCAGCCGACUACUGUGCCAAGUCAUGAGUAGGCCAUACUUCUUACAAGUAGGCAGCUUCGUUCGUGGCAUAGGAAAAGACAAUCUGGGACACAUUGAAAUGAAGGCUUUUGGGCAUUUGGAGGAAGCAGUAAUCCGCUUACUUUUCUCACCCAUCCUGUCAGCUUCGCGUUAUGCGAGGCGUCAUACUUCCAAAUUUGCGCAAAAGCACGCUGUCUCUGUGGGAGUCAGUGGGACCAGACACGCUGCUGUUAGGAGACUUCUGUUUGGUCCACAACUCUGACAAGUAUUUUUGGGGGCCACCAGAAAAGGGCUACCUUGACACUGCAUUGUCUCAAGCUGCUACUGGCAUUGUGAGCCAGCUUAAAGAAAAAAAAAAGAAAAGUGCAAGCCUUUCCUUAAGUGCAGUGUUAUAGCUGUUGUUUUCUGCCAGCACCGUGUUCGUUUUACCCAAUUUCAAGGAGCUGCUUGUGUUUGUUGCUUUUUCGGAAGUAAAGUUUGUAGGCAACCCUAACUGGUCCCGUAUCUGUGGCAUACUUGCGACUUAGUUCCACUUGCGAAGCUAGCAGAAUGUGUAGCAAAUCCUAUUGGUGUUGCACCACUUCUGCGUACACAAAUGACCAAAUGUGGCAUAGGAACAUGAAAAAACGAACCCUUCUUCACUGCAUUUGGCUUGAUAGCAAAGGGUUGCCUUCAGACGUGUGAAGAGUUCAUUUGGUCGCGAGCUUUAGAGAGCUUUGCAGAUCUCUUUGUGCAACUUGCAGAUGUCCUGCACGAACAAUUUUUGUUUAGCCCAAAUGGACUUAUUUCAUUUUCGCGUUAAUUGCAGUGGCAACGAAUGUGUCAUUGUGGUGGUGUCGCUCAUUCAUUAACACUGAGCACGCUGAAGUUAAAUCCCACUCUCGCUGUCUGUGCGGUCCACAUAAAGCCCUCUGUGGCAGUACAGCUUAGGCUGGUCUCAGCGCGGGUUGUGCCUAGAAUGCUGCUUGUGUCUCUGCUUCUAUCUCGUUGUCAGCUGCAUGGCUCUAGGACAGUGUGCAUAGAGCUGUAACAUUACCGUGCAACACAGAGCGAUUGUCACUUCCCUCUUCAGUGCUGCACACCGUGUUCAGCCAUUGCUCGCCUGCCACCCUCAUUUUCUUUUUUUUUUUGUGUGUGUGGGGCCAGGGACGAUCCUCUUUUUCUCUUGUUCCAUUAUUCUCACUGUUUCUGUUCUCUUUGGAUUGCAAAGAUUGUUUUGAAGUCACUCCUCGUUUUUGCCUCGUUUGUCAUUCGUUCAAAGACAGCAGCGUGCAAGUGAACAGUGUGAGUGUGUUCGUGUAGAUGUAUAUGUGCUGCUAAUUCCCCCCCCCCCCUCCCCCUUUGUCUUUCUUCAAACCACACACCAUUAUUAUUGGUUCAAGUGCCGUAAUGAAAUCACAGAUAUGUUGCGACCAUGGGCCAACGCGACACCACUUUUUCAGUUCACCCGAGGCAUGAUCAGGGGCUGCCGUCGCGUUUGCUCUAUCUACCAUCACAACUGUCGUCUGCUUUACUUCUGUUCCACCGCCUUGGCACCACUCCCUCGGCAUAGGCCCUUGACUUGGCUUUUGGCUAUGUGGCCGGGGCUCCUGAGGCUUGUCUACCCUUCCCUCACUGUCUUGGGACACGAGGCAAUGGCCGCAGCGAAAUGUGUUGUCUAGUCAGCCGUCUCCCUCUCCCGCAUCUUCCGUGUGUCGUGCCCCUCGCUUGCGCAUUGCCACCUGCGGCCAUAGCUGCCUCGGCAGCCUCCAAGCCAGACUCGAACGUGAGCCAGGAAAGUGAAAGUGGCAGUGUAGGGUAUGGCACCUUGAAUAGCGAAAAGGCACAGUUCUCCCCGGCCUCCUUUGGGGCUCCCGGCAUCCCUGUGGUUCUCCACUAGACGUGUACAUCAUCAGUGGGUUUUGCUCCAAGCUUCUUUGUUGCUUCCGCACAAACAGUGCAGACUUUCACUGAGGGCUUUGCAGGGUCCUUCUGUUUUCCAGUUCUACUGGAGGUCGUCAAUAAAUGAGUUUAGCUUUGUUCGCUGGUUUUUAUGUAUCUCGUGAGCAUUGUUGUCUGCACUGGUUUUACCGAAUGUCCUUGGCAGGCAAACUUUUGCUGUGGAUUGCCCACUUGUUGAAUCAAGGUGGAACCUGGUGAAUCAGUGUGUCACACCGGCUACGAUGUGCUAGUGAUGUUCUAGACCCUCAAUAAUCAUAUGCCAGGCCAGUUUACUGAGUUGCAGUCAUGCUCACGCGGAUGUUUCAUACAGUUGUGACCAUGUGAAAUGCGAAGGGACAAAUUCAGUUCAAAGCAGCAAAACCAGAAGGCUGGACAUUUUGUUUGUGCAUGUGUGUCACAUGGUCCACUGCUCGCCUUCUGUCACCAAUCGACAGAUGGAAUUCUACUGCCCUACACAGUAGCUGGUGUAGCAGAAAAUGCACCCAAAAAUGCGACCAGUGUGCACGUUACGUCAAUUUUCUGGUAAAAUGACUGGACUGUCCUGUUCACAUUUCAUUUGGACAGAACUAUACCUUGAUAUAUACGCAUAGUACAGCAUAUCAUUUUUUUUUUCCCCUCUAACAUUUACACUUGGCCUUAUUACUGCAGGCAUAUGAUGAACAAUGCUGGGCCUUGCGCUUCAUUUUACGCUCGCUUCUUUUCACAUUGUAAAUUCAUAGCACGCACUACUUCUUGGGUAGUAGACGGCGUCUUCUGUUUAACAGACUGGCCUAGACUGAUUGGUCAUUCCACCAGGGAGCUGGAGAGAGACAGACGCCAUCCUGUAUAUUGAGGACCUCUUUUGGCUGCUUCCUGUAUUUCAUGUUUCUUGUCUUCUUUUUUGAGUUUCUGUUGUGUUACUUUCAUUUGCUUAAUGCCCAUGACGGCUGCCCCCUUGCUUCUCACACAGACACAUUUUUAGCAAAGUCUUCCAUUGUUUUGACCUUUUGUGUGCACAUGUUUUUGUCUCGUGUUAAACGCUCCUGCGGUCACACGUAUACAUUUUAUGGUUGGAGGUCAGGUGCGGAGACACGGCAGGCAGAUGGUCCGCUCUCUUUCUUUUUUUUUCUGUCUCGACUUCGUCUACAUUUUUGUUAAUGGCUUCGUUGUGCAGUUUCGCAGAUUCAGGCCUCACCUCUCUCUCUUUUUUUUCAUUGGCUCCAAAUCUUAGAGCAUUCAGCCUCUUUCCUAGUGGAUCAAAGAGCUCACAGAUCGUUUGAAGGCUUCAAACUUGGUCGUGGUCAGUGCCGCGGCCCUGCGAGGGUGUGUGUUUCUGUAUCUUCAGUCCCUGUGCCACAGUAAAACUGGGUGCUGCAUUCUAAGCAGCAUCCAAUUCAAAGUUGCGACACUUUUGCUGAUCUUUGUCCGACAUAGUUGGCUGUAAGUUGACGCUUGCAUCGUGGGGGAAUCUCUUACAAACCCUAACGGAGCAUCGUCAGGGAAGCCCAUUACUGGAACAAAUCUUGCCUUGGCUACUACUGUUGCUGCUCGUUUCAAUGAUGUUGCACGCAGUGGAGGUUUUGGAGACUUUUUUCGGCAGUACCUUGCUGCGCACACUGCAACAGCCUUAGUGGUAUGUUUUAGUGGCAGCCUCGCUGGAAGAUAAGCAUAUGGAAUGCUAUCAGACUUUUCUUUACUUUUCAUUUUUCUUUCUUUAGCUGCGCUUGUGAGGUGUGCCGUGUUUGCUUUAUGUGCUUCCACGCACUUGUUUGCUCAGCACUGUCCCCGAGUUGUAGCCAUACUUUCAUAUGACAUCCUUCCUGUAGAAGACAUUUAUUAUAAUUUUUUUUCGUGGUGAGAACACAAAGCGAGCUUUGGAGUGAUGACUGUUUUGAACAAGUUUCAUGUACAAGUGUGCGUGCAUGUGUUGUGUGUGUGUGUGUGAUGCUUUUUUUUCUGCAUGGUGGUUCUACAAGUGUAUGUGCGACCGGUAUGAAAAAAAAAAUAAACCUGUUACUUGAGAACAAAAUAAAAAUGAAUUGUUUCUUUA